AUGAACGCUGUUUUCCUCUUCUUUAUUUUUGCUACCAGUGCGUUUGCUUCCCAAUGGGACACUUACCCUCAAGUGCCCAAGACGGCAUCUGUGAAUGGAUUCUCUGACCCGAUUAAGAGCAAGUUACCUUCAUGUGCUUCUGAAUGUGCUGACUUCUCUACAAAGAAUACACCUUGUCCUUACUGGGACACUGGUUGUUUGUGUGUUAUGCCUCAGUGGUCUGGACAAGUAGCUGCUUGUAUUGCUAAAAGCUGCUCGGGUGAAGAUGUGGCUUCCGCUACCAGUUUGGCUUAUUCCUUAUGUUCCAGUGUUGGAGCAAAUGUUUGGAUGAUGCCGGGUUCACUUUCAACUUCGCUUUCUGAAGCUGCUAAAGGAGCAGUUGUAGCUAGUGCUACAGCCACUUCUGAGGGCGAUUCUUCUGCUACCUCUGCUGAAGUUUCCUCUGCUACCGAAACAGGAAGUGCUUCUCAAGACUCCGCAAAGAGUGAGACAGAAAGCAAGUCAUCUACUACCAGUGAAAACAGUAGCAGUGCUUCUGAGACAUCCUCGACUUCAUCUCAAAACGGGUCUAUUCAAAGAACAACAAGUUCUGUUUUCUUGUUUUUAGUUACUUUCGUAUCUACACUUUUCUAG